AUGGGGAGCUUCCCAGAAACUGUGGAUCUGGAAGGGAGCUUCUACAGCGACCCUUUCCGAAGCUUCACGUGCGGAGCCUCGGGCCCGAGUUCCCAGGCAAAUUUGGAGAAGCGAGAGCUGCACGCGUCGGGGCCUGUCCCAGCUUGUGACCCUGAGUCCUGCAGUCACGAGGCGUAUUUUCCCAUGUCGGCGCUGCGCCCGCUGCUCCCGCUGCUCCUGGCCGUGCUGCUGGGUGUCCCUGCCUGGGCCCUGACCUGCCACGGGGACUCGGGGCAGCCUGUGGACUGGUUCGUUGUGUACAAGCUGCCAGCCCACAGCGGGCAUGAGGACGCAGCCGGGAGUGGGCUGAAGUACAAGUAUCUGGACGCGAGCACGGGAGGCUGGCAAGAUGGUGUGACGCCCAUCAGCAGUUCAGAGGGGGCCGUGGGCCGCAGCCUGUUGCCUCUUUAUGGGAGCAACACCAGCCAGCUCGCUUUCCUGCUCUACAAUGACCAGCCACCUAAGUCCAGCAGGGUUCCGGACUCUUCCAGUCGUGGGCAUACAAAGGGGGUGCUACUUCUGGAUCAAGAAGGGGGCUUCUGGUUAAUCCACAGUGUUCCACGCUUCCCUCCACCUGCCUCCUCUGCUGCAUAUAGCUGGCCUGAUAGUGCUCGAGUCUAUGGCCAGACCCUGCUCUGUGUGUCUUUUCCUCUCACCCAGUUCUUGAUGAUUGGAAAGCAACUGACCUAUACCUACCCCCUGGUGUAUGACCACAAUCUGGAAGGAGUCUUUGCCCAGAAAUUCCCCAUUCUGGAGGAUGUGGUCAAGGGCAACCAUGUCCGCCAGGGACCUUGGAAUAGCAGUGUAACACUCACAUCACAGGCUGGGGCCACUUUCCAGAGCUUUGCCAAGUUUGGAAAUUUUGGCAAUGACCUGUACUCUGGCUGGCUGGCAGAAGCCCUUGGCAGUGACCUGCAGGUCCAGUUCUGGCACAAUUCUGCUGGAAUUCUGCCCUCCAAUUGCUCAGGUGCUCAGGAAGUACUGGAUAUCACCCAAACAGCUUUUCCUGGGCCAGGUGGGCCAACUUUCAAUGCCACUGAAGACCACUCCAAGUGGUGUGUGGCCCCCAAAGGACCCUGGACCUGUGUAGGUGACAUGAAUCGGAACCAGAGAGAGGAACAUCGUGGUGGGGGCACACUUUGUGCCCAGCUGCCUGCUCUGUGGAAGGCCUUCCAGCCAUUGGUAAAGGCCUGGGAACCUUGUGAGAAGCCCUGCUGGCAUAGUAGUUAG